CAAUGCACAUGAUCUUCGAAGCAAAGGGGCUACCCUAAUUGCUUUAUUGACAAGGAAAACCCCCAUUCGGAAAAGGAGAGAGAAAGGCAAAAACAAGCUUGAUCUAUAGAGAGAAUGAAAGGAGAAGAGAUGGAGGAGAUGAUGAUGAUGAUGAUGAUGAUGAUGAUGAUGAGCAGCAGCAGCCCUAAUAAUCAAAUCAAUGAGGCUUCCACUUGCACUACCUGGAAAGUUUAUGACAACCCUUUUUAUUGUCCGCAUCAUCAAAUCAACUUCCCUUUCUGGGAUCUUACAUCAGUUAUGGAUUCUGAACUGGAUAUUGCUCGAGCCCAGGUCAUUGAUUUGCAAGCAGAGCUUGAGCACGAAAUUGAAGCUCGUAAAAAGCCGGAGUCACUCAACAAGAAACUGGCUAAAGAGCUAGCCGAGCAAAGAAUGGGGAGAGAAGCAUUGGAGAGCGUAUGUGAUAAGUUUGCCCGAGAGAUUUCGAUGGAUAAAGCUGAGAUCGAUAAAAUGAAAAGAGAUUUCGAGGAAGAAAGAAACAUGCUAAAGAUGGCUGAAAUUAUUAGGGAAGAGAUGGUUCAAAUAAAGAUGGCCGAGGCCAAGAUUCUCUUCGAGGAAAAGUUAUUAGCGUUGCAGGAAACUAAACGACCGCCGGCGGCGGCUGAUAAACACGAUAAACCACCGUCAUCCACCGCUGAAAAGUCGUCAACAUGUAGUACUGGUGUAACUAUGUCUUCAUCAAUGGCGAUUCAGCGAAAAGAAUCCCCAGAAACUGAGAAUCCUCACAUAAAGAGAGGGAUAAAGGGGUUCGUUGAAUUUCCAAGAGUGGUUCGGUCGGACAAUCAAUGGAUCAAAAGCAGGCAUUGGGGUUCAAAGCUCGAGUGCCAAAUGGCUCAGCUGAGGAUUCUACUGAAGCAGAAGAGCCCCAUUCGAUCAAAUUUCACAUCAUGA